GCUCUAUCCUCUUUCUGAACCUUCUCCAACGUUCCCCUACUUUUCCAAAAUGGUACCCCUCAAAAGACCCCGUCGUCUCCCCCCCUCCUCCGGCUCACGCUUCCAUGGGGCCCCGCCCUCGAGGACGGAGAGCCGGGAGGGGCACUGCACGGAAGGAGGGAGUGGGGCGGAUGAAAUGCUCACGGGCGUGUCGUGACUGUCGCGUUUGUUUGUGUGUCUGUCUCCCCUUUUUGGGUUCAGGUGAAGAUUGACCAGGCCAUCGCCAAGGAGCUGGUGGAGAGCGCCGAGUACAUCUGCGCGCCGGGCAAGGGCAUCCUCGCAGCCGAUGAGUCCACAGGUAACACACAGACGGGCGUGGGGAGAGGGAGAGGGAGAGGGAGGGCCGGCCCGGUUUCCUUUUCCCAUGUCUCUCUCUCUCCCUCCCCCACACUCCCCCACAGGGACGAUCAAGAAGCGUUUCGAUGCGAUUGGUGUGGAGAACACUUUGGACAACCGCGCCGACUACCGCGAGCUGCUGUUCACGACCAAGGGCCUCGGCGAGUAUAUCAGCGGCGCCAUCCUCUUCGAGGAGACCCUCUUCCAGAAGACCUCCAAGGGUCAGUCAGCUAGGAAGAAGGUUGGGGGUAUGGCUGGCGUGGCUGAAUGAGCUGGUGGGGUCUUGAUGUGAUGUGUGUAUAGGUGAGAUGAUGGUUGACCUGCUGAAGGGCCAGGGCAUCCUGCCGGGCAUCAAGGUCGACAAGGGCCUCGUCCCCCUCCCACUCAGCGAUGGAGAGACCGCCACCACCGUACGUAUAUAUAGCACGCACCCCCACACACAGAGACUGACUGAGACACAGAACCGAUCCCUCUUCAAUCUCUUUUGUUUGUGUAGGGUCUUGAUGGUCUUGGUCAGCGCUGCAAGGAGUACUACGCCGCUGGAGCCCGUUUCGCCAAGUGGCGUGCGGUGCUCCAGAUCGACGCCAAGACACACAAGCCCUCCAACCUCUCCAUCAUGGAAACCGCACACGGACUCGCACGGUAGGUAGCCACACACAGACACACACGCACACACGCACCCCCAGACACCCAUUGGUGUGUCUCCGUGUCUCUGCGUGUCAGCUACGCGGCCAUUUGCCAGGAGAACAAGUUGGUGCCCAUCAUCGAGCCCGAGAUCCUGACCGACGGCAACCACGACAUCGAGUACUGCGCCGAGGUGACCGAGAAGGUCCUGGCGGCGGUUUUCAAGGCCUGCAGCGACCACCACAUCCUUCUCGAGGGUGCCCUGCUCAAGCCCAACAUGGUUACGGAGGGCGCCGGUAACCUCCCAGCAGAAAGAGACAUGGUGAUGGUGCGUGGCGAGCGAUGUGUGUGUGUGUGUGUGUUGGGUGUAGAAUGCAAGACCAAGUCGAGUUCGGAGGACAUCGCGUACUACACGGUCCGCACGCUGAAGCGCACGGUGCCGCCUGCCCUGGUGGGCGUGACCUUCCUCUCGGGCGGCCAGUCGGAGGAGGAGGCCUCCGUCAACCUCAACGCCAUGAACAAGGUCACCUCACACUCCGACACACACCACCACACACACACAACAAGGGCAUGAUCCAUCUCUCUUCCCCUGUCUGUCUGUCUGUCUGUCCCUGUCUGUGUGUGUCCAUCCAUCCAUCCAUCCACGGCGUGCGUCAGUUGUUCGGCCCGACCCCCUGGAAGCUGACGUUUUCGUACGGCCGUGCGCUGCAGGCGUCCACUCAGGCGGCCUGGGGCGGCAAGCCCGAGAACGUUGACAAGGCAAAGGCGGUCCUCCUCGCCCGCGCCAAGGCCAACAGCGAGGCUCAGCUCGGCAAAUACGCCGGUCAGUGGCUGGCUGGCAGGGGGGGAGGGAGGGGGCCAGACAGAGAGGGAGGGAGACAUACGUGAUGUAUGGUGUGCGGUGUCUGUCUGAUUUGGUAUGUGUUCAGGCGGGGUGCAAUCUGCUGGCUCCCUGUACGAGAAGAAGUACGUGUAUUGAGCGAUCGAUCCAUCGACUGACUUGGCUGGCUGGUCAACACACACCAUAGACACAUACACACACGCAUUUCAUGGCAGACAGGCAGACAGACCGACCCAGUCAGUGAGUGAGUUGACAUGAAUGCCCGGCCUGGCCUCACUGAACGGCUGCAUGGCUGCAUGGCUGCAUGGAUGGAUGGCUGUGUUUGCCGUGAGUGCACUCACACGUAGCAGUUUUGUCUCUCCGCCAAUUCGUCUGUUUGUUUGCCCCUGUCCGAUCCAUUUCUUUUUGCUCGGUCGGUUCGAUGCUCGAUGCGCACAGUGCAAACGCGCUGUCCACCCACAGACGGCCACACAGGUAGCAUAGCCACAGACAGGGACACAGCACAGCAGUGGGUGCGUGUGUAGUGGGUGUAGCAGUUGAAUGGCUUUGUUUUUCCCAUCCGUCCAGUCAGUCCAUGAGUGAUUGCGUGGCAGACAGAGGGAGGGAGUGACGCCUGCAUUGAAUGGCGGGGACAGGACACCUGAAGGGAACGAUGAAGCAUUGAUGUAUCCAUAUCUCUCGG